ACUACGAAUUAGUUAUAACAUUUACUCUGUUUGUUUAGGAAAACCUGGAGGAGUGCCUAAAGCAGUUAAAGGAGGAAAGAGUAAUAAGACUGAAGGUUGAUAAACGAGUCAGUGAGCUGGAACAUGAAAAUGCCCAGUUAAGAAAUAUAAAUUUCUGUUUGUCUGAAGCCCUUCAUGCCCACUCAUUGACAAGCAUGAUCCUGGAUGAUGAAGGUGUUUUGGGCAGCAUUGAGAAUUCUUUUCACAAGUUCCAUGCUUUCUUGGAUCUCCUUAAAGAUGCUGGGCUUGGGCAGCUGGCCACAAUGGCUGGUAUAGAGCAGUCAGAUUUUCAUUUACUAGGUCGUCCCCAGAUGAAUUCUACUGUUAGUAGUCUACCUAAAGAAGAAAAGAAGCCACUUGAAGAAGAAAAAUCAGAAUCAAAGCAGAGUGCCCCAGGACUAACACAAAAUCUCCAAAAAAUUGCAGGUGAUGUUAGGAUUCCUUUGCCUCUCGACUCCUUCCAUGUCCCAGUCUCUACUCAGGAGGCCUUAGAAACUUCCAAAGACAACCUGGGGGUCGCAGUCACAGAGCAGCGGCAGGAGUCUUUUGAAGAUUUCAUUGCUAGAACAUGUUCUCCUUCAGCAGACGUCAUUUCUGGAACUGGAAGUGAAAGAAAAGAAGAGGAAUUAUCUAGAAAUAGCAGGUCUUCUUCAGAGAAAAUGACCAAAGCAGGUGAAUAUACCCAAAACUACUCUCCUAAGAAACAACCUGGGAAGAACCUGCAUUCCUGCUCUGACUCACCUGUAAAGCAGAAAAGCAAAGGAAUUGGGCAAAAUAAUUCUUUGCUUAAUGAACCAAUUAGAAGUGAGUCUUCGAAAAAGCACAUUUCUGUUAAGAAAGACAGUACAAUAGUGACUGUUUCUUCAAAGACAACUAAAAGUAAACUCAGUCUACUAGAACAUUCUGAAAGUGAUACUCUUGGAUCUGAUUGUGAAUUUCAAGAAAGCAUCCAUACUCUAUCACACCUAACAUAGGUCUAAAUCUUUUAA